AGCUUCCCAUGCAAGAUGGCGACGUCAAAAACCCCUGCAGGAUGUGGCCGGGGACAGCAGACGCGGCAUUCCUCAUAGAAGAGUAUGGAUGGAUUGCAGCGGCACAGGAAAUUCAUGCGCGGGAGUGUAACAGUGCAGACAUCGUCUGCGCCGAAGCUAAGAAACUUAAUCUACAUGAGACCUAAACUGAAUCCCCACUGGGGCCUGUAUUUCUUUCGCCCGUAUUAUUCUCACUUGACUGAUUACACACGGCUUGGCCAACGUAUGGCAGCUUGUCAUAGUUUUCCUCUACAAUCUAUCCAUGCGCAGCAAUAUGUCCUGAGCUGAAGGCUAUUCCUAACAAACCCCAGAGAGCUUAGCUGAUUCCCAGUCCUGAUAGGUAGCAGAUCCGUUUGCCUUCAUAGUUGCGUGCCGAGCUCUUAUUUUUCAACUGCACAGAUCGACAUCAAGCUUCCAGAUAAUGAAAUCUCUCGUGCCGUUCUUAGGACUAUCAAUUUACUACACUCGAGCAGAAUGAUGCUCAAGCUCUUUCUCAGUGUCAGACUUAAAGAAACCAGCCGAAUAACCUUAUCCACGAUUUAGGAGAGCAAUACAAAUUAGCCGCAAAUAUAGCAGAUCUGAAAAUGAUGCCGUCCGUUCGAUGAUAAGUCAAGUUGUUUGCUGAACUAAUUUCGCAUGUGCUAGAAAGAUUCUACGAGCUUCAUGUGGAAGCUUCGCUGAUCUGAUCAAGGAAAACUAUCAGAAAGAACGAAAUGGACCAGAGUCAG